ACUAACUCUACUACGCAUGCGUAAGAAACAUAAACAAAGUAGAAUCCUUUAGCCCAAGCUUAGUCAGUUAUUGAAUUGUCAAUAAGCGAUCCACCCUUUCAAAGACAAGAGCUGGAAAUGCUAACCGACGGACUAUUGGCUUACCAACCUAAGAUAUGAGAAUUUGCCUUCGCUAGAGCGAAGUAAUUGAACAAAUUUAACUGAUUAUUCUUCUGCAACUAGGCCUAAGUUCAUAAAUUGUACAAACAGAUGGCAUCGUCGCAAUGGUACCCCCCUUCUCCAAGUUCUGCAUCAUCGGACAGUAUGGACGAUGUACUAAGGUGCGCAGUGUGCCUGGAAAAUUACUCGGAUCCACGCGUCCUAUCCUGUCUGCACUCGUUUUGCUUUACUUGUUUAGAGAGUAUGACAAAGCUGGGACCGUCCAGACGACACAUAUCUUGUCCAAUCUGUAAAAAGGUGACACUAGUACCAAGUCCUGGAGUGUCUAGUUUACCGAAUGAUUUCAAGCUGGAGCAAUUUCGAGAAGUUCUAAUGAGACAAUCAACAAAUUCAGACUUAUCAGAGAAAAACUGCGAUUAUUGCAUGGCCAGAUCAAAUAAUACAACAGCGGAAUUUCACUGCGUCCAUUGCGCACUUUAUUUAUGCACAGAAUGUCACGAAAGACAUUCAUCGAAUACUCAGUUAGCUUCACACCAAGUUGUCAGUUUAAAAUCAUCAUCUGAAUUGUCAGAUUUAUGCUGCCGUCAUAAGCUUUACCCGAUUCGUUACGUCUGCCAACCGUGUUCGGCUGCACUUUGCACAGUAUGUGUUCUGGAGCAUGAUUCGAGACACUCCCUUAUAGAGAUAGACAGAUCUAUGGUUGAAGGAAGGCGCAAAGAAUUAAAGGAAAUAUCUAAAGUAUUGAAUAUGCGCCUAAACGAAAUUAUAAAUAGAGAGAAAUUAUUGACUACAAUCAGGCAACAGCAACAAUCAAACUUAAAUUCGGUACAGAGUGCAAUAAGAGAAAAGUGCUCCUCUAUAAUCUCAAUGGUUCGUGAGACAGAAAACAAGCUUCUUUCUGAAGCUGCUAAGAAGAUGGAAUUGCACGUUCAUCAAGACGGUGAAUUACAUGUCGAAAGGGUAAGAAUAGAAGCGUUACAAAGCGAAAUUCGCCAAGUAUUAUCUGCUCCUUCAUAUUCUACUGUUCUGUCUCACGGUGAUCUUUUGCAAAAAGCAAAAACCGUUACUGAACAUACACUUCCCGGUCCAGUACGAACACCACCGAUGAUUUCCCUCAGAUUUGAACCCACCUCAGACGAAAUGAACAUUGGAUGUUUAUCAGAAAUACGCGGUGAUGGUGACAUUGAAAUGAGUGAGCCUUCGACAAAACGUGUUUCGUCCAUUCUCUCUGCUCUCUCACCCAGUAAAACAAAACACAAAAGGUUGAAAGGUCAUCAUGAGUUGACUUUUCCUAAUACUCCAGUUGCUACUUCCACAUCUGGAGCGACUGUUUCCUCUCCAUCGAAAACUUCAUCAACGACUCCUUCACCUCCAUCGUCCCCAACUAGACCAACCUCAUCGGAGGAAGUUAAGCCUGAAAGUACUGAAAGAGCAACGGUUCUCUUGACCAUUCGCGAACAGGGUGGUUGGCCUGGUAGAAUCAGUCAACCAUGUGCCGCAAUCUUUCUUCCAAGCAGGGAGCUAGUCGUAGCUGAACAAAAUCGUCUUCAGGUAUUCGAUGCCACAACCAAACAAAGCAAAAGGAUACUGGCAUGGGGCAAAAUUCAACCAGCAGGUCUUGCCCUGUCGUCAAUUGAUCACAAUCUUGUUAUAACAUGUAAGAAAGAUCUCUGCGUUAAAGUAAUGGCUCCGUCCUCAGGUGAUAUACUCAGCAUAUGGGGUUCGUUCGCUGGACCAGCGGGUAUUGCUGUGACAUCCUGCGGUCACGCUAUCAUAACAGAUACAGAAAGGCGAUGUGUUACUGUGCAUGCCUUAUCAGAUGGAACUAUUCUUCGUCAUUUUUCUUGCUGCCAACUGAGCUUUCCCUAUUCAGUUGCUGUGUAUUCCGAUCUUAUAAUAGUUUCUGACAGUAGUGAUGAUCAUGUGAAAAUUAUUGAUAGUGAAAAUGGUACGGUGAGAUCCUCUUUCAAUUUUACAGGCGGACCAUACGGGCACUUGAGACGGCCUCAUGGAAUAUGUUCAACGACCGACGGAAAUAUUCUCGUAGCAGAUCGCGACAAUCAUCGCGUAGCUAUGUUUUCAACCGAUGGAAAAUUCAUAAAGAACGUAUUGACUCGGCACGACGGUAUUAAGUACCCGUCUCAUUUAAAUUUACAAACAGAUAGUGAUAGAUUAGUUUUGGUCGAAUCUAAUUCAGCGGGUUUGGGACAAAAUGGACACUUUUGCGUAAAAAUCUUUCAUGUUCCAGGCAUGUGUUCUGCUUCUACGUCUUCUCAACAAACUAAUAACAAUUAA